CCCUGGCGGGGCGGGCCGGGGCGGGGAGCCGGGUGUGGGAAGCGUGGCGGCCCCGCCCCGUCUCCUGGACCAGCCGCGGCCGCCAGCGCCGCCGCAGCCGCAGGGACCGGCGGACGCAGCAAAGGCGUGCGGUGCGGGCCCGAAGUUCCCGCAGAAAAACCACACAUCUCCCCAGCCCAUCAUGGCAGACGAAAUUGAUUUCACUACUGGAGAUGCAGGGGCUUCCAGCACUUACCCUAUGCAGUGCUCAGCCCUGCGCAAAAACGGCUUCGUGGUGCUCAAAGGACGACCGUGCAAAAUCGUGGAGAUGUCAACUUCCAAGACUGGGAAGCAUGGUCAUGCUAAGGUACACCUUGUUGGAAUUGAUAUUUUCACUGGCAAAAAAUAUGAAGAUAUUUGUCCUUCUACUCACAACAUGGAUGUUCCAAAUAUUAAGAGAAACGAUUAUCAACUCAUAUGCAUUCAGGAUGGUUACCUUUCCCUGCUAACAGAAACUGGUGAAGUCCGAGAGGAUCUUAAGCUGCCAGAAGGUGAACUGGGCAAAGAAAUAGAAGGAAAAUACAAUGCAGGUGAAGAUGUGCAGGUGUCUGUCAUGUGUGCCAUGAGUGAAGAAUAUGCUGUAGCCAUAAAGCCCUGCAAAUAGACAGGACCAUCUGCACGAGCAGGUCCAUUAGGUCUGGAUCUAGUUGUCCCAAAGCUAUGGCCUUCAUAAGCAACCUCACGUUUUAUUUUUGUUAUGUGUCUAUUGUUUUGAAAUUGUGCUGGCUUAGUUUUGCAGGCAGUUAGCAACUUUAAAAGAAUAUAUCAAGAUGUAUAAUUUUAUAAGUAUCUUUCCUAUAACAUUCCUGCAGUUUUCAGUAUGUGACCAUAAGAAACAGAUAAAACAGCUUCAGUAGAUGUCACUUGUCUGAGCAAAUCACUCCUGAACUUCAGUGGUUAACAAACCAGGGUUUUCAAUCAACAAUGUAGCAUCUAGUGCAAUAGAAGUUUCAUGCAUUUCAGUUGAACUAUUCUUUGCUGAUUCCAGACUCAAUAGCUAGAAUUCAUAGAUUAUAAAAUGGAAUUGUCAAAGCUCCAGGCUCUGUGUGGCAGACACACUUCCUGAAACUAAACUCAUCAAAAAAUGUCGUUAUCUUGGUGGCCAGGUGUCCCAUGUAUUACCUCCAUUAUGUUUUUCUUUGCCAAAUUGGUGACAGACCUCCAUAGGGGUUUAGUACCUGCCGUGGUUGACAGAGGAAAUAGAACUGCGGGGUAGAUGUGAGCAACUGAGCAAGUGAGCAGGUGCUAAGGGAGACGCGGGACAGUGGCCGGGGUAGUGGGACGGUGGGCUUUAUUCAAGACCUUCUAGUCAGCAUACAAAAUAGAGUGGGCUCUAGUUGUGUUUUUGCCUCUGCCUAUGUCCCCAGCCUCUGCCCCAGCACCAAAAGGACGGGCCUUACAGGGACUCUGCCCAACUUCCAACCAUUAUUUGUGGGUGUUCAUAAUGUUGGUAAUCCAGCCCUUCUCACAAUUUUUUAAGUAUAUUUGUUUUUGACGUUAGCUAUAAUUAGGAAUUCUUAAGUUGCUUUGGAAUUCUUGACUUGAUUUUUUAAAUGUCUCUAUGCUUUUCUAAAGUGAAAUAGACGUAAACCGUGGAAGAAGUAUUACCUUAUUUGAAAAUUAACUUAUUUUAAGUGUAUAUAUAUAUAUAUAU